GCGCGGGCAGCGCCUGCGUGCCGAAGCCGCAGGAGCGUGCGGGCGGUGCUAGGGGCGGGAGGAGUAAAGAUGGCGGCUCGCGGGUCUCCGCCUUCUGCUCCCGGCUGAGGCUCCGCGAGGGAGGCGGCGGCGGCGACCCGAGCGGCGACAGCGAGCGAGCGAGCGGCGGUAGUUCGUGCGGCUGCGUGCCGAGGCCGGAGCCAUGGCGGAGUUGGAGCACAUCGGCGGGAAGCGGGCAGAGUCGGCGCGAAUGCGGCGGGCGGAGCAGCUGCGGCGCUGGCGGGGUUCGCUGACGGAGCAGGAGCCCGCCGAGCGCCGGGGCGCGGGGCGCCAGUCGCCGUCGCGGCGCGGGAGCCCCCGGGUCCGCUUCGAGGACGGCGCCGUCUUCCUGGCCGCCUGCUCCAGCGGGGACACGGACGAGGUGAAGAAGCUGCUGAGCAGAGGCGCCGACAUCAACACGGUCAACGUGGACGGCUUGACAGCCCUGCACCAGGCCUGUAUUGAUGAAAAUUUGGACAUGGUGAAGUUUCUGGUGGAGAACAAAGCCAAUAUAAACCAGCAGGACAACGAGGGCUGGACCCCCCUUCAUGCAGCUGCUUCCUGUGGCUAUCUCAACAUCGCUGAGUAUUUCAUUAACCAGGGAGCCAGCGUGGGCAUGGUGAAUAGUGAAGGGGAAGUCCCUUCUGACCUUGCGGAAGAGCCUGCAAUGAAAGAUCUUCUUCUGGAGCAAGUAAAGAAGCAAGGAGUUGAUCUGGAGCAGUCAAGAAAAGAAGAAGAACAACAGAUGUUGCAAGACGCCCGCCAGUGGCUCAACAGUGGGAAAAUAGAGGAUGUCAGGCAGGCGCGCUCAGGGGCCACAGCUCUCCACGUGGCUGCUGCCAAGGGCUACUCUGAGGUCCUCAGACUUCUGAUUCAGGCUGGUUAUGAACUCAAUGUUCAGGAUCAUGAUGGCUGGACCCCCCUCCAUGCUGCUGCACACUGGGGCGUGAAAGAGGCUUGCUCCAUCCUUGCAGAAGCACUCUGUGACAUGGACAUCAGAAACAAGCUGGGCCAAACACCAUUUGAUGUUGCUGAUGAGGGUCUUGUAGAACACUUGGAGAUGCUCCAGAAGAAGCAGAAUGUGCUUCGAAGUGAAAAGGAGACCCGGAAUAAGCUCAUUGAAUCAGACCUGAACAGCAAGUUGCAGAGCGGACUCUUUAAGAACAAAGAGAAGAUGCUCUAUGAGGAAGAGACACCAAAGUCCCAAGAAACGGAGGAAGAAAACAAAGAAUCCAGCAGCUCCAGCUCCGAGGAAGAGGAAGGUGAAGAUGAGGCUUCUGAGUCUGAAACUGAGAAGGAUGCAGAUAAGAAGUCAGAAGCCACUGUCAACCAUUCCAGCUCUGAAAGCAGGAGGAGUGUGUCAGAGCAGACAUCAACACCAGCUCAAAAUACCUUCUCUGCCUCUUCUCGGAGAUACUCCUCCAGCCUUUUUAACAAGCCAGAAGAGCCCAAAGAUGAAUCUCCUUCUUCCUGGAGACUAGGUCUCAGAAAAACUGGCAGCCACAACACGCUGAGUGAGGCCGCCAAUUCCAGAGAAGCUCUAAGGGACCGAGGCUCUUCCAUCUACCGCUCAUCAUCAAGCCCUCGGAUUUCUGCUCUGCUGGACAACAAAGACAAGGAGAAAGAAAACAAAAGCUAUUUUAGUUCACUAGGACCCCGAAGGCUGAACAGCACAAGUGACAUUGAAGAGAAGGAGAACAGAGAAUCAGCUGUUAAUCUGGUGAGGAGCGGCUCCUAUAACCGGCAGCUGUGGCGGGAUGAAGCGAAGGGAAAGGAAACUCCACAGACCGUCACUCCGUCCAGCUAUGUAUCAAGCUACUUGAAAAGGACUCCUUACAAAUCUCAGGCUGACUCAACUGCAGAGAAAACAGCAGACAAUGUGUCUUCGAGCACCCCGCUCUGUGUGAUCACCAACCGCCCUUCACCCAGCACUGCCAAUGGGGUCACCACUGCCACUGCGCUCUCCACGCCUGGGACGGAUUCUGUGGAGGCCAGGGAGAGGAGGAGGUCCUAUCUGACCCCUGUCCGGGAUGAGGAAGCCGAGUCUUUGCGGAAAGCACGCUCCAGACAAGCUCGCCAGACUCGAAGGUCUACUCAAGGAGUAACUCUGACAGACCUUCAAGAAGCCGAAAGAACUUUCAGCCGGUCGAGGGCGGAGCGGCAGGCCCAGGAACAACCAAGCCAGAAGCCCCCGGGCAGCGAGGAGCCAGAGGAGAGCACUGAGAAGCAUGAGGCCGCCGCCUCGGACACCGAGGACACCCCGCAGGCCGCUGACAGCAGUCGGGAUGAGGAGCCUGUCUAUCGCCGCCUGAGGUGUUCAGCUCAGGCUGACAAAUCCACAACACCAGUGUCUCCUUCUGCAUCAAAACCCUCCCUCUACGCCCAUCUGCGGACAAGCAGAUACUCAGCUCCGGAUUCUGAGAGUUCAGAGAGUACCACAGACGCUGCAGCUGCACAGGAAAUGGACAAAAAUGAGAGAGAAGAAGUGGAUUUGGAUGACCAGUCCUCCAACAGGCUGUCCACUCGUGACAGGAGACGGCCCAAGGAGCGGCGGAGAGGCACAGGCAUUUGGAUAACGGAUGACGAUGAAACUGGUGGCUCCGGAGAGGGGAAAGAAUCAUGGCAUGAAAGACUUUCUAGGUUGGAAUCUGGAGGUAGCAAUGCUCUCAGCAGCGACUCUUACAGUGAUCGGGCAUCAGCGAGAGCCCGCCGGGAGGCCCGAGAGGCCCGUCUAGCCAGCCUGGCCAGCCGGGUAGAAGAGGACAGCAGCCGGGAUUACAAAAAACUCUAUGAGAGUGCCCUGACUGAGAACCAGAAACUGAAAACAAAACUUCAGGAGGCUCAGCUCGAGCUGGCAGAUGUCAAAUCCAAGCUUGAGAAGGUAGCGCAGCAGAAGCAGGAGAAGUCCUCCGACCGGUCAUCCAUGCUGGAGGUAGAGAAGCGGGAGAGGCGAGCCUUGGAGCGGAAAAUGUCAGAGAUGGAAGAAGAAAUGAAGGUAUUAACAGAACUGAAGUCUGACAACCAGAGGCUGAAAGACGAAAAUGGUGCCCUCAUUCGAGUCAUCAGCAAACUCUCCAAAUAGACUGGCCCCCGGAUUUCCGGGGGAAGAGCAGCCACCGCUCCCCACCCGCCUCUUCCAGCCAUUGCCUUCCACCAAACGAAGUGAAUGUGUUGGUGGAAGGACUGUCCUCUCCGCCCCCCAGUCACCUCUUCUGCUCUGUACAUUCUCCUCUGCACUCCCCGUGCCCUGCUUCUCUGCCACCCCACCCGCGUGUGAUGACAGCUGUCACUGAAGAGUGUGAUCCUUUGAGCCAUUUGAGCCCUCUGGAGAAGGCCUGCAGGAGCGCGCCGGGGCCAGCGGGGGCCUCCCGGUUCCUGCUGCUCAGCUCGUCGUCUGUGCUGGACUCGGCCCAAACCAGUCCCCCCACUGCCUUUUGCACUGACCCGGGUCUCCGAUGCAGAGGAGUCUGGCGGCCAGUGCAGGGGCCUGUCUGGAAGCCGAGAGAAAGAGCAGAGACUGCGGGCCUCAUCUCGGGGCGCCCCUGGCCCGUGUUGCUAGCCGAUGCCAAGGGGACCGUGACUGCCGCGAGGGCCUCUGCCUCUCGUCACCUCUCAGGAACUGACCUCUCUCCAACUGCUGGUGGCGAGAUCUGUUUGCUCAGCAACCCAGGAACACCCACUGACGAGUCUUAACACCUCUGCUCCCUUCCUCCCUCGCCCAUCCCCAGGGCUCAGGCGAUCCGGGCGUCCUUCGUUCCUUCCUUUCCUGUGCUGGCGCUCCUCUGAAAAGCCAGGCCCAGACUGUGGCCGAAGGUUUCUCUCUCCCACUCUUCUCCCGAUUCCUCUUCCCCCUGCCCCACCUCUCCCCUCCACCCCCGCAAACUGGUUUUCUGGAUGAGGAAGUCCAGGCUCUGCCGGCCCCUUUGACCUCUUCUUCCUCACUCCGCUCAGAGGGAGGAUGUCAUUGCAGGGGGGACCACAGUGGGGCUGAGGGGACAGGAAUGGAUGAAAAGGCAUGAAUGGUGCGAGCAGAGUGACGAAGGGCCUUGGCAGCUGUGUGUCAAGGCGCUGGGAGGUGCUGUGGACAUGAUGAGCUCAGCUGUUCCCGGUGGUUAGGUUUUAGGGAGAGACCUUAGUUUUCUUGGAAACGAGGGGCCGGAGUGAUAGUACAGCGGGUAGAGCAUUUGCCUUGCACACAGCCGACCUGGGUUCAAUCCCAAAUGGUCUCUUGAGCACCACCAGGAGUGAUCCCAGAGUGCAGUGCCAGGAGUAACCCCUGAGCAUUACUGGGUGUGACCCAAAAAGCAAAAAAAGAAAAGAAAAACGAACAGGAGAAAUGACUUCUUCAUAAGGGAUUUGAAGGGAUGGAAUAUUUUCAAACCAUUCAGAAAAGUCCCAGAACCUUGGAGUUGCACAGGUGAAAGGUCAUCUGGUCCAGCUUUUCACUGUGGGUCACAGCAGAUCCCUCCUCCCCCCAUCCACCACCUGCCACAACUUCUGAGCCCUGGUCAGGUGCUGUCAGCAGUUAUUCCUCAAAGGUUGGUCAACUCCAGUAACCAGAAAAGCUUUCCUAGGAUGAGCAGAGGGCUUCCUAGUACUUCUGGAAAAAAAUCUAGGUACAGUUUUAAAUUACAGGGCUGGAAACCUUUGAUCUGCCAGGGGCCAUUUGGAUAUUUAUAACACCGGCCUUCAAAUACAGGCCAUGGGCAGCUAACGAGAAGCAUCCAUAUCCGUCCCGUCAUGCACCACGGGCAGACCACAGGAUUUCAUGGCCUUACACGGCCCACCGGCCAGAUGUCCCCAGCCCUGCUUCAUGGUGACAACUUUGGACAAGUGUUGCUGGUGAGACCCCCUUAAUCUUCUGGCUGAUGUUCCCAGGUUCUUUAGCCAUCCCUUCCAUGGAAAGCGCUCGUGCCUGGCUACGCCCGUUGUCCUUGAGCCAAAACAGUCUUUUAAAGAUGCCGACACCUGAGCAGAUGACUCUGUUAGUCCAGCACAAAGGAAUCAAACCAUAAGUGCUUGACCGUGCUCUCACAGUGAUACUUAAAGUAUUUUCUCUUUAUUGGAGUCUUACCCCUUGUUUGGCGCAUGUGAGUGUGAAGGUCACUUGACUCAUCUUUCUGGAGUUGCAGUGCUUCGAGCGGUCGAUUCUCCUAACUUAAAUCUACCUCUAUCCAGUUUGUCUCCGUGGCAGGAAAACUGCCCUGUGAGUGCACAGUCUUCUGAAAUCUCCCGUACCCUGGAGGCCAGCAGGGUCACAGCAGAUCUCCCCCCCCCCCCCCCCCAUCCACCAUCUGCCACAACUUCUGAGCCCAGGUCAGGUGCUGUCAGCAGUUAUUCCUCAAAGGUUGGUCAACUCCAGUAACCAGAAAGGCUUUCCUAGUAGUAUGAGCAGAGGGCUGCCUGGUACUUCUUGCAAAAGUCCCCGUGCCCCGGGGGCAGCUGUUUUCCAGGAGGGGCUCCAGCGAAGCAUCUUGUGUUCCCGUGAGCACACUGCCAGCCAGUUCUCAAGGAUCCUAGGCUUGUCUCUUCCACUGUUGGGCUCCUUAUUCUCUGGGGUCCACGAGGUGGUCUCCUGACUCAUCUCAGAAGUGGGUGGUUGCUGCCUCUUUCUCAGAAAAAGAGAAUUUGAUUAUUAGGAGACGUCUUGAGCCCCUUCCAUCUUGACCAGGAGGUGGGGCACCAAGAGCCCCUCACAUCUGUCUGGUGCCUGUGAAAAGGGGGGACGAGUCCCAGAAUUCUUGGCCAGCCUGUCCUCCCCUGCAGCGUCUUCCCCUCAUGGUGCAGCUCUCUCCUGCGAGAGGGUUGUCCUCUUGAUGGAAUGUCUCUGUGCUUUUCAGUCCCGGGGAACUCACGGGCAUACGAACUAGUUCAUUGUAUUGGACAGUCUGGCUUCUGGCCCUUCUCUUCACCUGUCCUGACCAUGACCUGGAAGCCACUGCACUUAGGGUGCUGGGUGAUCCGCCUGCCCAAUUCUGUGCUACUUGGUCAGGCAUGUGUCAUCACACCUGCAAGCCCCCAGUCCUCGGGAGCUGGCAGGGUAACACAGGGGGCACCCCAGAGCCCAAGCCCAGGUGUGUGCAGCCCAGGUGUGUGACUUGCAGGUCUUCCCAUGAAGUAUCAAAAGAGGAAGGAGAGGCAGAGCUUGCCACGCUCUACUUCCAUUGCUGUUCCUGUCAGGCCGCAGCCUCUGCGAGUAAUGAGGCGGUCUCUCUAGCCCUCCUCCGGCCAGUUGGCCAGUUCAGCCUGCUUGGCUCAUAAGGGCUACUGAUUCUUUCCCAGCAAAUUCUAAGGUACAGUGACCCCUUGCCCCACUGAGGUCUUCAGAGCAGCUGGGCUGUGCGAUGAUGAGGGCGUUGCCCGGGUGUGUUGAGUGCGGUCUCGCCGCUCCCUGGAUAGGCCAAUCUACCUCUGUCCCACCUCGGGGUGUGUGUGCACACGUUCCUGCUUCCUCGCCCAUCUCCCAGCGCGUGGGGAGAAGCUUGGGUGGUUUCGUGGGGCCACUGUCAGGGUGGCUUCUGGGGUCAUUGAAGUCAUCCCCCACCCCUGGCCCAAACCCUUCCCUUGUCCUAAGUGAAACAUGUGCUUCUCUUCAACAGUUCCACUCUGGAAGCUAAGAAUGCUCGGCCCCAGCCCCCUCCCCUGCCCCCCAUCUAUUCUGAUACAAAAUAGAUGGGAACUGCUGACCCUCUGCUGGGGGCUGAUCCUCAAAGUCCUGCCCUGAGUGGGGUCUCUGGGUGAGGUCUCUUGCCCCAUGUGGCAAGCCUGACAUUGUUUCCCCUCCGUGAAAGGCAGGAGCAGGAGAGCAGAUGAGGCCUGGAGAAAAGCCAAGGUGUUUCCAUUUAUUUCACUUCAAAGGGGGAAAGCCCAAGAGCUCAACCCCUCAGCUUAUGGGAAGGGGUUUUCCCCCCUUCCCCUCCGCCCCCACCCCACCCGCUGUGACACUAACCAGGUCCUCCCAGACAGAACCAGGAGCCCAUCGAUGCCAGCAUACACCUAAUGCGGUCACAGGUCAUCUGGGCCCAAAUCUCGGCCCAGUCAUGAUCACAGCUCCUGGUCCCCAGGCUGGUUUUGAAGGCUGAAGGAGGAGAAGUCCUGUUAGGUCAGAACAUCUGGGGUCCAGGCCGGUGCCCUGGUCAGCCUAAUGAUCAGGGACAGUUUCCUGCCCCAGCAGAGAAUGAGGUUGAAUUGGAUGGUCUUUCGGAUCCCUUCAGACUGAAGUGGAUUACUCCUAGGAAGGUCAGAGCGCUUCUUAAACUCAGAGUUUUGCUUUAGCUUUAGACUUCCUUGUUUUCUUCUGGAUUCCAGCUGUUUAUCGUCAGCACGUCGAGGUUGGCUUCUCAUCGUUGUUGGAAAGAGACUUGAAUAUUGGCAGUAAUUGAAUGGUGGUGCAAUUGCUUUCUCUCCUAAUGGCUUGGUAAGAAUAUUAAAACCUGCAGAGGUGGAAAUUGGAGCUCAGGGGGAAGUGGAUAGAAGCAAUUUGUUGCAGGCAGCCUUUGGACAAAUUGUUUUAAUAGGAAAUAGAGCCGUGCUCCAUAGAUUUCUCCAGCUACCUUUCCUUGGCCUGCUCAGAUGUCGUCUGUGUGGUUCUCCUCAUCCCCAGUGGGCUGACAGCAUUUGGCGUAGCAUAGCCUGGCCCGGAGCCUUGAACUGUGCCCUCAGAGCAGCAAAGGGGAUUGUCCUCCAUACCAGCCUCUAGCUGCUGGCACGCUGGGCCUCCGGACUCUGAGGAGCGGGCAGUGCCCGUGCUAUUCGGGGUGCCCUUCUUUUAGAGCAGGUCAGCCGUGGCGGCACGAUGCGGGAGACUGGCAUGCCACUUGCUGCAGAACAGCACUCAAGCCUCCAGGCCUGGGCAGAACCAGGCAUGAGUGGAAGUGGGACAGCGGGACAGCAGAGGGCCUGAGAGUGAGGGGGUCUGUGUGCCGUGGAGGGAAUGGAGAGGGGAGCCGGCCGCCCCUCAGCUUCCAGGAGCAGAGAGUCCAUCUAUUUCCCUAACGGGUAUUAUCAGUGCUCGGGAACAAGGGUCCCUCUCCGGGACAGCUAUUGGUUGAGCUUGUGCUAUGAUUGGAAAACAGAUCCUGUUGGCUGCAGCCUGGGAACUGUCCUUCCCACAGUUCUUUGAGGAUGAGGCGCUUCUUCAGGGCAGGUUCUUAAGCAGCCUGCAGCUGCUCUCCAGCCUGCAGCACAGGGGUCAGGGUCAGAAGGGGGCCUGGGCAGGAUCCGCAUGAGGCCAGGAACCUGGGUGAAAGUCCCCCAGUCCCCUCCCCCCAGGGAGAGAAGCAAAUAGGAAGUGAGUGUAUGUCCGGACCCAACUGAGAACUGUUCUGUCUGACCUCAGAAGGGUUCUCUUGGGCCCGAGAGAUAGAGCAGCGGGGAGGGCGUUGACCUGGCGUGCAGUUUGCCAACCCCGCCACCCCGUGUGGUCCCCUGAGCACCGCCAGGAGGGAUUCCUGAGUGCAGAGUCAGCAGUGAGCCCUGAGCAUCGCCAGGUGUGACCCAAAGCCAAAAAAGAAAAGGUGGUUCUCUUGGGGGGGUCAUGCCUGCUUCUCACGCCCACACUCCAGCAGCAGGGGGAGGGAGGGUCAAACGGAGCCUGCAGAGCCUCGAUUAGGAUUAGCCCCAUGUAUUCCUCGGAUUCCUGUUUCCUGCUUUCCCCUUUCCUUCCCACCCCCCACCGCGUCCCCUGCCCCCCCCCCCCCCCAAACUCCCUGAGCUCUCUCCACUCCAUCUGUUUAUCAUUUUGGACCAUAGGCCUGCCAGAGUGAUAUUUGCUGUUCUUUCUCCUCCGAACUUUUCUCUGCCAUUUCCAUAAACUUUUCCUUGGGUGGCCCCUGAAGGUGACAUCAGGCUGCUCUGAUGUCCUUCCAACAUCAACAGGCUGGUCACCCUCGCCUCCCUCUCGCCCGCCCUCCACAGCCCUUGUUCCUUGCCUUUCUCACAUGGAGCUGAUGGGGAAGAGGAUGUCCACACGUCAGUCGGACUCCAGGAGGAAACCCAGAAGCGCCAGCGCCCGCCCCAGUUCCAUCCCAGUGCUCCCUGCUGUGUUGACCAGCCCCUGGGGAAGAGGGUGAACGGCCAGGAGGCCCCGAAGCCCAGGGCAGUGCCCUGCUGUGUGUGCGGGGCCUGUGUCUCAGAUUCUCCUGCUCGGUGUGGGUGUUUCUGGCUGCAGGGAGCCUCAGGGAGCCUUGGUCCUCAGACCCAGCACUCCCGCACCAGGGCCUCUCUCACUUCCGCUUGCUUCCACUCCCACCUGCAGGGCCUUCGGAGAGAUGGGGGCGGGGGGGGCGGGGGUCCAGGCAAAGGGUCUGAAGCACAGGAGAGGGGCAGGGCAGGGUAGGGCCGUGGUGGGAAUCUGCGGCAAUCGCUCAAGCCCCUUCUCCAGCCUGUAUCCUGCUGCCCACGGCCUUUUCCAGGCUGGGCCUGGCCCCGGACGACUGGCACCCCCGGGGAAUGAGGAAGCAGUUGCAUCCCAGCUCUGCUCAUCAACACCACUGCAUCAGCACCACUGCAGUGUCCAGCCUCUCUGGGUUCCAGAAUGGCACCCUGGGAGCACCUCACUUUCCCCCUCCACCCCCCGCCCCCCCCCCCACCCUCCCGCCAGCACUGUUAUGGCACCAGAGGUAAACUUUUCAGCAGAGUUGUGGGAUUAACUUCAGUUCAUUGUAAAUACACCUGGGGCCGGGCGGGGGCUGGGGAGGGAGAGCCAGAUCUGCUUUGUGACCUGAAUGUAUUUUUAUGCAAUUUUGAGUGGCCUUUCAACCCUGAGAUGAAUGACUUCGUUUUCCUGGUUGUUGUUAUAUAGUAUUAUUAAGCAGUCUGUGUUUGAAAGUUUGGGAAUAAUAAUAUUCACAUCUAUAUGAUGCCUGGAGACACAACAGUAUUUAUAAAUGAGUAAAUAAAACUGUGUUUUAACUUUG